AUGGCCGCUUCUGACAGACUGAAUCAAACUUCCGAGAUCAUUUCGCACUCGAUGCAGCAGAGCGAGUCGACUACGUCGCUCGCUGCUGCUGACCAUCCUUUCAAGGUCACUGUGAUCGGUUCUGGUAACUGGGGUACUACUAUCGCUAAGGUUGUUGCUGAAAACACCGCUCUUAACCCACAAUUGUUCGCGCGCCGCGUAGACAUGUGGGUUUUCGAUGAAGAUAUCAAGGGCGAAAAACUAACCGAGAUCAUCAACACUCGUCAUGAGAAUGUCAAAUAUUUGCCAGGCAUUGAGCUUCCUGAAAACUUGCACGCCAACCCAGACUUGAUAGAUUCCGUCAAGGAUGUGGAUAUCAUUGUUUUCAAUAUCCCUCACCAAUUUUUGCCAAGAAUCGUUCAACAAUUAAAGGGUCACGUUGACAGAAAAGUACGUGCUAUUUCUUGUUUGAAGGGUUUCGAAGUUGGUGUCAAGGGUGUUCAAUUGCUAUCCACUUACGUUACUGAAGAAUUGGGUAUCGAGUGUGGUGCUCUUUCGGGUGCCAACUUGGCUCCUGAAGUGGCUAAGGAACACUGGUCCGAGACCACUGUUGCUUACCACAUUCCAGAAGAUUUCCGUGGUGAAGGCCACGAUGUCGACCACAAAGUGCUAAAAGCUUUGUUCCACAGACCUUACUUCCACGUCAGUGUCAUUGAAGAUGUUGCUGGUAUCUCUAUUGCCGGUGCUUUGAAGAAUGUUGUGGCUCUAGGUUGCGGUUUCGUCGAAGGUCUGGGCUGGGGUAACAACGCCGCCGCCGCUAUUCAGCGUGUUGGUCUAGGUGAGAUUAUCAAGUUCGGUAAGAUGUUCUUCCCAGAAUCUAAAGUCGAAACUUACUACCAAGAAUCUGCCGGUGUCGCUGAUUUGAUCACCACCUGUUCUGGUGGUAGAAACGUUCGUGUCGCCAAGGCUAUGGCUAAGAACCCUGAUAAAUCUGCUGAAGAUGUGGAAAAAGAGUUGCUAAACGGCCAAUCUGCUCAAGGUCUAAUUACUUGUAAGGAAGUUCAUGAAUGGUUAGAACGUUGUAACCAUUUGGAUGAUUUCCCUCUAUUUGAAGCCGUUUAUCAAAUCGUUUACAACAAUGUGCCCAUGGACAAACUACCGGACAUGAUCGAAGAACUUGACCUGGGAUUGAAGGAGUCCGCACAUUGA